GGCAGCGGGAGCGCGCUUUCCGUGUCUGGUUAGUGGACUGACAGCCAGCUGUGCGGCUACAACGACAACAACAAGCUCCUGGAUUUGCUACAUACAACUAGAUUAGUGUUGGUCUGCUACUGAUCAUAAUUGUACACUAUAGCUAGUUUUUGACGUGAGUACUCGGCAGCACACAGCUACAACCAGUAUCAUCGGCGGUUUCUGUGCUAACUAGCAAGAAGAGCAUUCCUCCAACAUGAAUCCGCUGUGUGGCAGAUGUAAUCUAGUCGUUUACCCCACGGAAAAAGUGAAUUGUCUGGACAAGUACUGGCAUAAAGGAUGCUUCAGCUGCGAGGUCUGCAAAAUGACUCUAAACAUGAAGAAUUACAAAGGCUUUGAGAAGAGACCAUACUGCAAUGCACACUACCCCAAGACAAACUUCACCUGUGUGGCUGACACUCCAGAGAAUCUCCGCCUCAAACAGCAGAGCAAGAUGCAGAGCCAGGUUCUCUACAGGGAGGAUUUUGAGAAGAAUAAAGGAAAAGGUUUCAGCGUGGUCGCAGACACGCCGGAGCUGCAGAGAAUUAAGAAAACGCAGGAUCAAAUCAGCAAUAUAAAGUACCAUGAGGAGUUUGAGAAGAGGAAGAUGGGAGGAGAGGCCCCACAUCAGCCAAGCAGCCCCAGCCCAGCAGCUUACCAGUCCUCAGCAGGCUCUCAGAACUACAACUAUGAACCUGCUCCUGAACCAGUGCGCCAGGCGGCCGGCGGCCCGCCUCCCAGUGCUGGGAAGCGGUACAGGGCAGUGUAUGACUACUCUGCCGCCGACGAGGACGAGGUGUCCUUCAUGGACGGAGAUGUGAUCGUAGAUGUGCAGCAGAUCGACGAGGGCUGGAUGUACGGCCGCGUGGAGCGCACCGGCCAGCAGGGCAUGCUGCCUGCCAACUACGUGGAGGCCAUCUGAGUGAGAGGGAAGGAAUAAAAGAGGGAGAGGAAAAAAGGAGGAGGAGGUAGAGAAAGGGAGGGAAAGAAGGAAAGGAAAAGCCCAGUGCCAUCUCAUCUUAACGCCGCUUUCUCUUGAUUUUACUCUUGUUCCCUAAUCUGUCCUGUGAGACCUUAACCCCCCCACCACCACCACCACCGCCGCCGCCGCCCCCCCGCCAUCCUUACUCUGCUCUCACUGUUCAGCUUGCCAACCACAGACACCCUCUAUCUAUCUGUCUGUCUGUCCUUCUUCUUUCUGUCUGUCUGCCUGCUUGCCUCUCUGUCCGUCUGUCUGUGCUGAUGUCUGUCUCUGUUUGGAUGUUCAUCAUCAUCCUCUUGAUCUUUUUCCCCCCAAUCCUGGCUCCACUCUCGUGCUGUCACAAGUGGAAAUUGAAAGUCUUAAAAGAUAAACUCACAGUUCAUCGCAGUACGUCAGGGGUCAUGCCGUGUUCACACAGCUCCAUCCUAGCUCCAGCACUUAACAAUCCUGACUCAACGUCAUGCAAAAACAAAGAAGGAAAAAAAUGUACAAAGCCCCCCCCCCCCCCCCCCCCCCACAAGUCAGUCACCACAGCUGCAGACAUUAUUCUGUGGAAGAAGUAAGUUAGAAGUGUGGGUGGGUGUGACAUUGUCAUAGGCUCAUUUGUGUUGUUUUCGCUUUAAUUUUGCAGUGUGAUCAUGGCCAGACUGGAAACACAGUGUAGAAUCUCAGUCUAUCAGAACUAAGCUUGAAUAUUUUUGACUUGUGCACAUUCCUUUAACCUCUAACCCUGUUGCUGUCGCACCAAUCAGCCAGUUAUCAGUCUUAACAGAGAGGUUUUUAAUAUAUUUAUAGAUGGACGCACAUCUCGCCAUUGUGUGCUCAAGUAGGCACCCUCGUGUUUCAGCACUGCAUUGUGGGUAUCAUUGUGAAACUGGAAAUCGCAGCCUAACUGUAGAGCACCCCCUGUUGUUGCCUUUCUCGGGCGUGUCAGAUACAGGAGGGAUCAGGGACAAGUUAGGGGGACGUUAUCAGUCCAUCUCUUGCAGCCACACUGAAUACAUCACCUCAGUAGGUGUGGAUGUACAGUCCAUACACCUCUAUUCCUGUUGUUUUUUUUGUUUGUUUUGUUUUUUUUUUUUUUUUUCGCAGCCUGAAUGCCUUCAGUCCUCACGAAGAAUCACAAAGUUACGGUGAUGAAGGUUCGAGGAAAGGAGAUGGGAACAGGUUAAGUCCGUUCCCUUUUUGCUACAAAACCAUCAUAAAGAGAACACAUUUACAAAAGAAAAGGCCAAGCACAACUCUAUAUUUUUUUAUUUUCAAUUUAUUCCACUGUUCUUGUGAGUCUUUUAAUUUCAUUUGAUGUGAGACAACUUGGCUGUGGUAAAUGUUGUUGAUGUUUUUCUCAUGCUGUUCUUCCUUUGCCUUUUCUUGUUGUAAGAAGCUUAUUUUCAAAAAAAAAAAAAAAAUGUUAGUGUGUUAAAUAAAUAAACCAGCAACUCAAUAUAUGAAUCAAGACAGAAGAGUUUAUGUGGACCAGUGCAGCCGCAGUAUUAGAUCAGUCGUGGGAUUAAUCCACCUGGGUCAGAACAGUGCUGGCAGCAGGUUUGAGAAAUGAGCCCAAUGCUCGCCAGUCAGGCCUGUUUCUGACCAAUGUAUCUCUAUUAAUGCUGUUUAUUAUUCUGGAGCUUCUAAGAAAGCUCUGGUCAUUAAAACAUCCCGAAAGGCAGGUGUUUUUGGUCCAAUCUCGCAGGUGAAACUAUUUUUGAUAUCUGACCAGCGUAUCAGCCAAAAUGUACCAGCAUUUGGUUUUUUGGUGGUCACUAAAUGUAAAGGAAGUUUGGUUCAUAAACACAAAAUGAAGCAUUUAAGUUGCUGGCCGUUACACAGAAAUGCUGCAUCAUUCCUCCACUCUAGAUAUUGUAUUUCUGUGAGGACCUUAUCAGACUUUAAAUAUGAUAUCUGACCAUCUCUGUGGUGUAAAUAAUACCAUUUGCCCCUGACCAUACACACACCUCUUCCCCCUUUUCUUGCUGUUUCAUUCUCCCAUGAUGCACUGUGACAUCACAGGCAUGAGCGAUCAGGGCGGUGUGUUUUUAGGUGGGGUGGGAGGGGCCGAAAAAUAUUUCAGCUUUAUUAAAAGAAACCAGGCUCUCACUAUGUAGCUAGAUGACAUUGUACAAUUGUAUAUGUAUCAUAAUGGUAAGUUAGGGAAAAUGUUUUUACAGGUCAUGGUGCUCUGGGAAGUGGCUUGCCUGCAGAUUAAAAAAAAUAAUAAUAGACAAAAAAAAAAGCAGUUCAUAUUUUUUGUGAAUGUGGCUGAGGGGAAGUCAUGUGGUUUUAAAAGUCGACUCAUGGAGAAAAUCCAAUGUGGUGCAAGUUGUCAGUUGGUGUUGAACAUUCAUAAAAAAUUUAGCAACUUUGGAAUGUGAUGAAUUGUGACAGUGCUGAUGAACAUAACUGAAUCAGAAGAAAAAAAGCACCUCAGACUGGUUAACAGGUUGCCAAACAAAAUGAAUGAACACACUUCAGUAUGUAUGCCUGUAUUUUGCAUUAACCUCUCUACUUGACAACAGGAUAAGUUUAUUUGCAAAGCAGAUGCUAGAUCAGAAAGCUGUUUUAGAGCUCAAGGUUGUGUGUUUCACUUGGGUAAACUGAAGAGUUGGUGGUUUUGCUUGAAGUGAAAUGAUUGUUGUUCCUGGCUUGAGAUGAUGUUUGCCCAAAUUUAAUUUAAUAACAAAGCUACUCGCACUGGUAGCCUCCGCUGCUCUGCGGCCUGCAUCCAAUCCAAACUAUUAGUUUCUUCUUUUUUUUUUUUGUCUUGAGGUCGUUGGUGUUGGCAGUAGGUGUUCUGGGUGAAAUGAAAAAGUGGCCAAAGACAGCCAGUGUUGUGUUCAGUGUAGCUCAGGAUGGAUUUGUUAAGGCAAAGUCAAAUUUGAGCAUGUGGUGAUGUAAGUGUGCGGGGCCGGGGGCAACACAGGGCAAGCGAUCUGAUGCUCUUAAUCUCCCAGGCUGUGAGGCAGGGCAAGUUGUUUGUCUGACCUGGAUAUUAGUCAGGAGUUAACCUCUUUGCGCCAAAUACCGCUCUUCUGCUCUGUCAUCACUCAUCUACUGAACGUCAUAUCAUAACCCUGUUUCCAUUCAGUUUCUGUCUAGUAUCCUGUCCACCCGUCUGCUGCGAUCCCUCUUUCCUUCAGCCUUCAUCGUAGGCUCCUGCGCUUCUGAUGAAUCAUCCCCCUGCUUCUAUGAUACUGGUUAUAUACUGUAGACUUUGCAGUGUGAAAUCAUGUAAUACACAAUCGCAGGUUUAGCAUUCAGACCAGUUUUGUGCAUUCCAUCUUAAAUUUUUUGUUUUUGAUAUAAUUUUGUUAUUUUUUAAAUAAAAAAAAUAAAGAUACCAUAUGCAUAUUGACAUAUACGUGUAUUCAAAACUCAUACUGAAUACAUACUCCGAAUUAAGGACCUGAUAUCAUCUCCUGUUGCCCUGUUACAGCACUUCAAAUUGUACUUAUGAUUCUGCAGAUUCAAUAAAAUGUCAUUUUUCUCA